CCGAAGCCAUCCUCCGGCUGGUACCGUUGACCAGCAAGUUUUGUGCAUCGACGACCAAUGCGCUAUUUAAGCACUGCGCACAGUACUGACAUCCCAGGGCCCCAGCACCGUAGCCACAGCCCCUCCUCUGACCCGAAAAAAAAUAAACAGCCUCUCCUCUGUUUCUAUUCCCGUCCUCUUCCCGUUCUUCGGAGUGAAAACCGAACAGGCCAAAAAGAAGAAGACCAGAACGCAACAAAACCCCGCGACCAUCUCUUCUCCUUCCCCACUUCUUCCCCUUGGACCAAGCAAAGAACCCCGACCAUGGCAGACGCCGCUCACGAGCCCCGCGAGGCCGCCGAAAGCUCCACCCCCGAGGCGGCGGAAGACUUCGAGUUCCGCGUCCUGUCCACCGGCGGCCUUGUCUCGGCCGGCGCUGGCGCGGCCGACGACAUGUGCGUGGCCGACGAGCUCUUCUCCCACGGCAAGCUCCUCCCGCUCCGCCCCUCGUCGACCGACGCCCCCAGCGUCGCCCUGCUCCCGCGGUCCGAGUCCGUCGCGUCCACCGCGGGCUUCGGCUCGCGCUCCGACUGCCGGAGCGCCAGCUCCAGCGGCAGCAGCAGCGGCUGCGUCAGCCGCAGCCACUCGUCCAAGAGCGCCUCCUCCGACCACUCCGCCGCGCCGCCGCGGAGGUCCCUGUCGAGCAGCCUGUUCUACGCGCACCCGAGCCCGUCGCCGCAGCUGCGCUCGCGGCCGCGCCGGAGCACGGGGUCGGCCCCGCCGCCCGCCGGGUGGGGCGUCAUACGCCUCGGCGUCGUCGGCGCCCCGGACGUGUACCCGCCGCGCUGCGCCGAUGGGGCCAAGAUCACCGCCGCGUCGAGGGGCGGCAGCGGCAGGAGCGCUAGGUUCGAGCAGGCCGCCAGCGCCAUUGAGAGGAGCUUCAGGAAACAUGGCGCGGGGCUGUUCGGCGACGGCUUCGGAUGCAAGUGCUCGCCGGACGUCGUCGAAUCUGUCAAGCUGCCUCCGGCGUCGAGGAAAAGCGGACUCGCGGACGGAAAGGCCAAGAGAGGCCGCGCCGGGCGUCGCAUCAGGAUCCUGGACUGGCUCGAAGAGCUGUCCAUCACCAAGGCGAAGAAGUAAUCUCGUGUAAAGAUCGUGCAUUUCUAUGAGCUACUCAUGCUCAAGAAAGCAUUUAGAUUUGAUCAUUAGAUUUUUUUUUUCUUGUUUGAUUAACAGGAGGCGCUUAAUUCGAGACAAAUAACUUGUUUGUACAGAUCUCAUGGAGCCCACCAUGACUUUCUAUCUUGAAGAUAGAGUAUUUGAUCGUGCAUUUGUAGCAAUUCAAUGCCAGGAUAUGCCAUUGCAAA